GCACCAUGUGUUGUUGCUAAUGUGUCCAGCAUGUUCCCAAGCAUCAGGGUCCUCAGGCAAAUAUAAUAAAUGCGGAUCGAAGCCUACAACGAUGGUCAUAAAAGGGUGUGUCUCAGAUGCAAGUUUCCCGGACAAGAGGAACUAUCGAGAAGAUCAUGUAUGGGACCGAUCCUCCUUGCUGAGGCAUACCAAAUACCGUAUAGGGCCCCUAUCGAUGGGAUGACGAGAAGGGACAGUGCGCUGAGUCUGCUCGAUUCGCCCAAGCGUAUGUAGGCAAGACACCAUUGAUCCAUGUAGGUCCAAGACGCGGCCUUUGCCGAAGUCCCAAUUUGGGCAAUAUGCAAGCAUCACAAUGAUGAGGCGCUAUUUGCCAUGGGGUUUAUUGUACUUUAACGACACCCUCCUUGCUUUCAUUCAGAGCAACCAUGACAUCCCAUAACGACCCAACGUCUGUUCAACCUCAACCCCGCCGUACCGCUGAUGAGAGACAUUCUACGCUGGAUGAAUUUGAGGAACGUUGGCGAGACAGGCAGCCCUUCUUCGAAUCGCGUGGCUACAUGUUUCGUCCACGACUUCGGCCUAGUUGGAUACCGUCUUGGAGAUCAUCCGGAGAGCACCCUAUGUAUGCUGAAGAUGGUGUCGCUCUUCCACUGCGGACCGAAUUAAUAGAUGCAACGCGGAUCGAAGAUGGGAAACUUGUGUAUAUCAAGAGAAUUCGGACAGGGGAUACUGAAACACAAAUUGCUACCAUGCUUUCCUCUCCAGAACUUCGUCAGGAUCCUCGAAAUCAUGCUGUACCAAUUCUGGAGGUGAUUCAGGACGAUGAGGAUCUGUCAAUUUCUUAUCUAGUCAUGCCGUUCUUGCGACCUAUAGAUAAUCCGGCCUUUGAGAGCGUCGAUGAACUUCUUGAUUUUGGAGACCAGAUAUUGGAGGGUCUCGUAUUUCUGCAUGAGCAUGACGUUGCCCAUAGAGAUUGUUCUUCGGGCAACCUAUUAAUGGAUGCGACAUCCAUGUAUCCGCAGGGUUUCCACCCAGUCAAUUUGGCAGCUCAACCAUCAUUUCAUGGUCGCGCCUCAUAUGUAUCUCGCUCUUCCGCGCCAAAGCCUGUACGAUACUUCUACGUGGAUUUCGGGUAUUCAGUUCACAUACCUCCUAGCGCACCGGAGAAGCUUGUGGUGGGAGAUCUGGGCCGUGAUCAAGCACCUCCAGAGCUCUCGGCAGAAGUGCCAUACGACCCAUUUAAGCUGGAUAUAUUCCUCAUAGGCAAUGUUUUUCGAAAGCAAUUCUACCAGAAAUAUACAAAUGUCGAUUUCCUAGUCCCAUUCAUCAUUUCCAUGACCGAACGUGAUCCAGCAGUUAGACCGAGCGCAAGUGAAGCGCUGCAGCAAUGGAAGACCAUUCGCUCAAAUGUCUCCAUCUGGAAACACUGGAUGGCAUCUCUCGAAGUGGGCUUUAGGACUCAAAUGAAAUGCAGUCUCCGGUAGACGCAUCAUCUGUUGCCAAUAUCGUUUGAUCUGAUUCUGUAUGUUCUACUCUGCUCGUCCUGGAUUGUUGCUAUGUUUGUAGUCAGCGUAAAUAUCCGUCCGUGCCCGAGCAGUGUGAUUUCUACUUGUUUUGUUGUUGUUCGCUGCAAAUGGUAUCUAGGGAAUUCACAGCCGGGAAGACGAUAUCCUUGAUGUCUUCGCAUUCAUACCGACUUCCUAGUCAAGAAUGGUGGGCCCGUUAUGGUCAACUUAUUCGCCACAUAUCCGUUUGUAAUCCUAAUCGCCGCCCAUGCGCCUCAACACCCUCCGUGAGGCUGAUUGCUUUGUUCCUGCUAUAUUCUUGGCAGAGUACUGCUAUGCGCUGCCAAAGCGUAGUUAGGGUCGUUGAACGUAACACAAUUGUGUGCCUUGCGUGGAUCAAGGGUCUCAUAAUAUAGAAUGAUAGAUGCG